UCCUUACUAAAUUACAUUUCUUAUUUAUUUAUUUAUUUUAAUAAAUUUCAUUCUUUUUACUAUUAUAUACACAUUUUGCUUCAUAUUAUUGAGAUGCCCUUUCGCGGAAGCGUUUCUCUCGCUGCUUCAUCCUCGAGUCGGUGUUCCGCGUCACCAAGCGAGCGCUCGAACAGUUGCCGGCGCUGGACUCCGACUCGGUUCGCCGCAGUCUUUUCGUCAUCCUCGCCAACGAGCUUCUUCCUUGCAGAGUGCGCUCCGUCGCUGUUUUGCCUUCCAUUCUCCAGGGUUAAGAUGGUGAAGUUGACAAUGAUAGCACGUGUUACUGAUGGCUUACCAUUAGCUGAAGGAUUGGAUGAUGGUCGUGACCAGAAAGAUGCAGACUUUUAUAAGCAGCAAGCUAAGCUUUUAUUUAAGAAUCUGUCGAAGGGUCAUUAUGAGGCUUCUAGAAUGUCAAUCGAGACAGGUCCAUACUUCUUCCACUACAUUAUUGAGGGGCGUGUUUGUUACCUUACAAUGUGUGAUCGGUCUUACCCAAAGAAGCUUGCUUUUCAAUACCUGGAAGACCUCAAGAAUGAGUUUGAGAGAGUCAACGGGAAUCAGAUCGAAACUGCCGCAAGACCUUAUGCUUUUAUCAAGUUUGAUACUUUCAUACAGAAGACCAAGAAGCUUUAUUUGGAUACUCGCACCCAGCGAAAUAUUGCUAAGCUGAAUGAUGAACUCUAUGAAGUCCACCAAAUAAUGACUCGCAACGUACAGGAGGUUCUUGGUGUUGGUGAAAAGUUAGACCAGGUGAGUCAAUUAUCAAGCAGGUUGACAUCUGAGUCUCGAAUAUAUGCUGAUAAGGCUAAAGAUCUAAAUCGACAGGCUUUGAUUCGAAAAUGGGCUCCUGUCGUCAUUGUUCUUGGAGUAGUAAUGUUUCUCUUUUUUAUUAGAAAGAAGGUAUGGUGAAUCCAAUGUUGAGAUCCCAUCUCAUGUUGUCUCCAUCAUGUGCCAAUUUUGUGGUUUUGCCCAUAUCAAUAUACCUUUAGAAUAUAACAAAAAUGGAGAUUGCUCAGGCCAUAUAACUGCAAUUAGGUACACUCAUCUCCCAGUGAGAACUAUCAUGUGUCAAAUUCUACUGCAAUAUUAGUUCCAUUUUCUAAAA